AUGCACCAUCAUUGCGGACCGCAAACACUGCUAGCAGUAUCUCGAAGACGGUUCUGGAUUAUACGUGGUCCCAGCGUCGCUCGCAAGGUCUAUCGUCAGUGCAUUGUCUGCGUUCGGGCUAAGCCGGCCCCGAUCUACCAGCAAAUGGGGCAGCUGCCUGCAGAUCGCGUUCAGCCAUAUCCACCGUUUCUGAUUACUGGCGUUGAUUAUGCGGGUCCAGUGAGCAUCGUUGGGCGCAGAGCACGUGGUGCGGUGGCGAGCAAGGGAUACAUUGCACUGUUCGUGUGCUUCUCAACAAAGGCGGUUCAUCUGGAAGCAGUAUCGGAUCUCAGCACUUCCGCAUUCUUGGCAGCUUUCACUCGGUUCUCCAGUCGUUACGGACUUCCAGCCAAAAUGUUUUCAGACAACGCAACAAAUUUCAGAGCUGCCUCCAAGCAACUCCAAGAGCUCUACCGCCUCAUAAAUUCCGCAAACCACAACCAACAGGUCGCCAACUUCUUGGCAGAUAAAGGUGUAGUCUGGAACUUCAUACCCGCUCGGUCACCACACCAUGGUGGACUUUGGGAGUCUGCGAUCAAAGGCGCAAAACACCUUCUAGGGAAAAUCGCGGGCAAUCAACACUUCACCUUCGAAGAAUUGUCCACUCUUCUCGCCCAGGUUGCAGCAACAAUGAACUCCAGGCCAAUUACACCGAUCUCCAAUGACGCUCAUGACCCUCAGCCAUUGACACCUGCAUACUUCCUAAUCGGAAGAGCUCUCACAACAGUUCCGGAAAUUAACAUCCUGGAGCGUCAAAUUAGCUCAUUGUCUCGAUGGAGUUAUAUCCAACGUCUAUCGCAAGAGUUUCGAUCCCGUUGGCAGCUCGAAUACGUUCGCUCGCUGCAACGUUUCACCAAGUGGCAGCAAUCAUCGCCUAAUAUCGCAGUAAGUGAUUUUGUAAUUUUGGUAAAGGACGACGAAAAACCGAGGCAAUGGCCGCUAGGGAGAAUUUUGGAAACCUUCCCCGGACCUGAUGGAUUAGUUCGUGUAGUGUCGGUCAAAACCGCCACGGGAAUCACCAGACGAGACGUAGGACGGUUGCGAGUCGUGCCAUUAGACAAAGACGAGUAUGUUCCGGGAAGACUUGGAGCCGAAAUUCCUAAUCGUAAUUUGGUGGGUGGUUAA